UACUGAGAGAGACGUGUUUGUCGACUUCUGAUAUAUCUCAUAUAUAACAUUGCGUGAAGUUGAGACAAAAGUAUUGUUCAGUUGCCGACUAUUUUCAUUUCACGUUUUAUCAUUGUUUCUAAGAACACUUAAGUGUUAAUUAUUAGAUAUGUUUCGAUAUGGAUUUUUGAAUUCAGCAAUAUUCUUUCAUUAAUUGUCGUCAUUUAGACAAUGAUAUGAUAAUUUGAAUUAGGGAAAUUGUAUUUUAUAUUUUCCGAAGCUAAAACGGAGUGGUUUAUCAAAUAGUUAGUGUGUUUAAUGCAUGAUAUUGCAUAAUGUGUGUUAAAAUACAAAUAUGGAUCUUUUAUUAUCCUCAUAUUUGAUAUAAUCAACUACGCAAGGCCAAGCUGACUUUAUGUGAUCGUGUUAUUUUAAAAACGAGAACUAAUUAUUUCUUUAUAGUUGAUGUGCGUGUUGAAGAAAUGGAAUUAUAACAACAAAGGACAAAAAUCAUCAAAAUGCUUAAAGAAAUAGGUGUUCUGUUCUUCUUCAAAUUGGUUUUAAUUUGCGUGGUUGAGAGCAGCUGUCCCCUUGACUGGUCAUUGUCUGAGGUGAUGAAAUGUUUGAAAAAUAUUACGUACGGCGUAAAUGGUACCAACAUACUAGCAGGAACAGAUACAACUACUAUACGCAAGUUUUGUACGGACGGUACUUUAAACCAUUCCGUUGAAUGUUUAGAUAAUUUGUACUCUAAUUGUGGACCUAGUGAAUCCCUCGUGAAGAUGGCAGUGCCAAAGCUAUGGAGAUCCUCUAUAGAUAAAUUAUGCAGUUCACUUUCGGAACAUGCGGUAUAUAGUACAUGUAUUGUACAUUUACGGCCAAAGAUUAAAAGCUGCCUCAUUCACAACGACAAGAUAUUCCAGGGAAGCAUACGUCCUUCGGAUACAUGGAAAACACUUAAAAUAAAGAUUUGUGGUUAUUUUGAAGGAAUGAGAAUCUGCACGUCAAGACCAGUGAUUGAUGAUUGUGAUGAUGGUGUUGGAAACACAUUAAGUGAUUUUAUGUCUAGUAUAGCUCCACACAUGUGUUACACAGACGACAAUUAUAUGAAUGCAGGGAGCCAGACAGCUCCUAAUACAUAUCUGUUUAAUAGUACAUGUUACAAACUUUUAUCACUUUUAUCAUUUUGGUGGGCUUUUCAUCAAUUUUGAUCAAAAUGUUACACAUUCAGGCUAAGAUAUAUAUUGUUCUGUAUAAAUAUAACUUUGAAACGGCAUUUAAUGCAUGUUUCUUUUUAAACAAUUAUGAAGGCUUUUUAUGAGAUUAUUAGGUUAUAAGUGACUGGAUAAAAGAAUCCAGUAUGUUUACCACUUUGCUACUUCAGAUCAGCGUAUUAAUUCGAAAUUUAAUUUAGAAAACACUGAUUUAUGCUAAUAAAUUACUACAUCUUGCAUAUUAAACUCUUUAUAUAAGUGACAAUAUCGAACUUAUUCAGAGCUUAAAUUAGAAUCUUUCAAAAGUAAUAUCCAUGGAAGAUGUGAGUAGGAUGUUUUAAUUGUUAAUUUAGGGGAGUCUUUUAAGAUUUCGAUAACAAUGCUUUUGUUACACAAAUCCAUCUUAGUUUGUGUCAUUUUAUUGUCAAAUGAAAGCCUGAAUUUGUAAGCCCAAGACUGUUUGCCAGCGUCUUUUUAACGAUUUAUUAAUUGAAAGAUUUAUCUAAAUAAAACGUGCACCGGUACAAAGGGUAGGUGACCGUCAAUAAGACGGUAAUAAAACAAUAUAACCUCUUUAAAUAACUUUUCGCUGAAUAAUUAACCUUCUCAUGUUGCAUAAAUGCGUAUAUAGCCUUCAAACACAUGUUCGUCAUUUAACACUCAUCAUUUCUGUCUAUAGCACAGUUGAUAAGUAUGUCGAAAAUAUCAAAGAUGCAAUGUUGUUGCCUUUAGGUAUUUGGUUGGAGUUGGUCUUGGACCUAUAUGGUUUUUUUUUUUUAUUUUUUUAUUACUAUCUUAAACAUAAUUGAUAUACACUGUUUUCCUUUUUUACUAUUUUUCUUCUUAUUAUUUUAUUAUUCUAUAUAUUUUCUCGAAAUAUAAUAUUUACUUUGAUAUACAUGUAUUACCUCAAUAAAAAAUAUUUCAAAAACAAUGUUUAUCCAGCUGAAAAAUAUGUAUUUAUUUAAAAAAAAUGAUUUCAACGCGGCAAAAAAAAUCAAAAACAAAACAGAAAGGCAUGACGAGUUCAGUAAGCACAUAAAAUUUCAACAAAAUUGCAGCUAGUUUUUAGCGUGUGACCGCUGCAUUUUUAACGCCCUGUACGUUCUUAACAUGCACUUCAAUACUUUCGAUAAUUGCAAUGAGCAAUUUGUUUCCUUUUGUGGUAAUGACGACGUAACUACAAUACCUCAACAAACCACUGAGUAGGUUAAUACUUUGAGUUCAGACUUUUUAUUAGCGUCCUAUUUUUACGUAAUCAAUCAUUCAUUUUAUGUCCCCACCAUAAAAUGACUGGGAUAUAUAGUGUUACCCUGUUCCGUCAUUCCGUCAUCAUCAGUUUCCGUUCAAUAACUUAGUAAGGUUGCACAUAUUCAACUUUGAUUGGACACAUUGAUAUAUCAUGAGAAAGUACAGGUCAAAGUCGAAUUUGGUCAUGGUCCGAUGAUUUUUGACAGAGUUAUGCCCCUUGAGAUAAAAUGUUCAGUUUCCUUUCAUUAUCUCCUCAUCGAUAUUACACAUUCAACUCAAAUUUGACAUAUGGAUACGUCACAGGAAUGCGCUGGUCAAGUUCGGAUUCUGUCAUGGUUCAAUGAUUUUUGGCAGAGGUAUGGCCUUUUCAUUUUGAAAAUAAUAUGAAAUGUUCAGUUUCCGUUCAAUAUCUCACCAACGGUAUUACACAUUUAACUCAACUUUGACAUAUGGAUACGUCAAAGAAAUGAGCAGGUCAAGUUCGAAUUUGGUCAUGGUUGGAUGGUAUAAACGGAGUUGUGCCCCUUCCACUUUGAAAAUAAUAUAAAUUUCCAGUUUCCGUUCAUUAUCUCCCCAACGGUAUUACGCAUUCAUCAAAUUUGACAGAUGGAUACGUCAAAGGAAUGCACAUUCGAAUUUGGUCAUGAUUUAAUGA